CGGCGACAGGAUGCCGCCAGGAGGGCUGCGGGGAAACAGCUGCCGGACAGAUGAGGAGCGCGAGGUGGGGGGCAGAGAGGCGGGGUGCGGCUGGAUCCCAGGUCCCAAGGUGCUGGGUCUUAAGAGCUCAAUCCACCCGAUCUAGGUGGCUCCACCGCGCCCCUUUCUGGGUGAGAAACAGGUCCAGGAAGGAUGUCCUGAGAGAAUCACAAGACCUCCCUGGGCCAGCUUGCUGGACUACAUAGCCUACAGCAUUCCUUUCAUCUACUGAUGCUGCUGACUGUCAGGAAGGGAAUGAGGACAGUCUGAACCUGUGGACAUGGCUGACGUUGGAGCAGAUGAGCUCUCCUCCAGGUCAGAGAGUCCUGAGCCGGGGGACAGGAGCUCGGAGGACCGGUCACUGCUCCAUCAGAAGCUGGCCAUCAGAGAGCUCAUUGACACAGAGGUCUCCUACUUGCACACACUCCGACUCUGUGCCUCUGACAUCAGGAGCCGUCUGCACCAGCUGCCACCUGGAGAUCUGGAUGUCCUGUUCUCGAACAUUGAUGAUAUCAUCCAAGUGAGCAGCAGAUUCCUUCAGGGGCUGCAGGAGACAGCCUGCAGGGAAGAGGAACAGGCAGACCUGAUUGGUAACUUAUUCCUAGAAUUCCACGAGGAGUUUGAACACAUCUAUAAAGUCUACUGUGCCAACUACGACCAAGCCCUGCAGCUGGUCAAGGCAUACCGGAAGGAGCCGGAGCUGCAGAAGGCCAUCCAGGGCAUCAUCGAAGCAGCAGUGCCUCAAGCUGGACCUUCGGGUCUCAGUUUCUUACUUGUAAUUCCUCUGCAGAGGAUUACCAAGUACCCCCUCCUGCUGCAGAAAAUCCUGGAGAACACUCCCACAGAUGCCCGUGCCCACCCUGUCCUUCAGAGAGCUGCCUCUGCCCUCCAGGACGUCAACAGCAAUAUCAAUGAGUAUAAGAUGCGCAAGGAAGUGGCUUUAAAGUAUACCAAGGUAGAGCAACUGAGCCUUCGGGAGCGGCUGGCCCGCAUCAACACUCAUACUCUUUCCAAGAAGACCACCAGGCUGAGCCAGCUGCUGAAGCAGGAGGCGGGGCUGGUACCCAGGACAGAGGACAAGGAAUUCGAUGACUUGGAGGAGAGAUUCCAGUGGGUGUCUCUGUGUGUGACGGAGCUGAAGAGCAAUGUGAGUGCUUACAUGGAUAAUCUGGAGGCUUUCCUCUGCUUCCGGCCACACGAAUGGAGUCUGGACAUUCCCGGGGGUCCUGCCGAACAGUACUGCGGUCUGGCGAGGGACCUUCAGCUCGAGGCCUUCCUGCAGUUUAAGCAGCGGCUGAAAGGCCUAGUAUGGGACCCACUCUGUAGCCUGGCCAGAGCCCUGGUUGGCCCUCAGAACUUGAUCAAGAAGCGUCUGGACAAACUCUUGGACUUCGAGCGAGUGGAAGAGAAACUGCUAGAUGUGGGCAGUGUGACCUAUGAGGAGGAGGCGGCCCGGCACACGUACCAGGCGCUCAACUCCAUGCUAGUGGCCGAGCUCCCACGGUUUAACCAGCUAGUCACACAGUGGCUGGGCCAGAUCCUGUGCACAUUUGUGGUCCUGCAGAAGGACCUUGCCGACCAGGUCCUGCGAAGGGCAGAGAGCAGCAUGGCCCUGCUGCCUCAUUACCACGUUUCGGAGCCGGACUUCCGGAAGCUGCUGGAGGACACACUAGGCCAGAACAGCAGCCAGCUCUGCUUCGUUAAAGAGAGCUUUGAGAAGGUGCUGCCACCCCCCACCACUCAGCCACUCCUCCCAGGCUCUGAAUACCAGCUUCAGGCUCUCCUGACCCGAUACGGCCCCGGGAAGCUAUACCAGGUGACAAGUGACAUCAAUGGGACUGGGACUCUGGACUUGACUCUGCCACGGGGCCAAAUUGUGGCCCUUCUACAAAACAAGGAUACCAAAGGCAACAGCAGUCGCUGGCUGGUGGACACAGGGGGACACCGGGGAUAUGUGCCUGCUGGAAAGGUCCAGCUGUACCACCAUAUCAUCCCCAGUGAGAAGGAGCUCAGAGGCCAGACAGUCACACAUGAAGACUACUGGCUUCCAACUCCAGAGCCCACCCAACCCUCUGUCCCCACUGUCCCAACCGUGACCCAGGUGGUGGCAGCGUACCCUUUUGUGGCCAGGAGCUCCCACGAACUGAGUCUUCAGGCAGGCCAGCCUGUAACCAUCCUAGAAGCCCAGGACAAGAAGGGGAACCCAGAAUGGAGCCUGGUGGAAGCGAAUGGACAGAGGGGAUACGUGCCUUCCAACUUCCUGGCCAGGACCCCGGGCCCAGCUCCCUGGGGCUGGAGCCUGCCCUCUUAGCCCACCCUCUUUGGAGCCCCCAUUUCUAAGGAAAGGGAAAGGCUUUAAGGCUGGGUGACCUAGCAGGCUUGAUGCGAAGCAAAUGGGGUGGGAGAGGAGCGAAGGGCAUUCAGAAGGCAGGAGGAAGUGGUGCCGAGGCCUUACAGAAUGCCUGGUGUGGGUGGCCACGUGGGCGGUCCCGGCAUUGUCACUCAUCUGCACAAAGAAGCCACCUCCAUGCUAGGACUUAGCUAGGACUUGCCGCAGCUUGAAGCUGCUCCCACCUGUGCCUCUUGCCUCUUUCAUGUCUGGGAUGAAUGUUGUCUGUGUACCAGGUAGCCACAGGUGGGGUCAUCACUGGCUCAGUAGUCCACAGUGCUGCCAGAAGCCACCAUUGCUCACCAGUCACCUUUACUUUCUUGUUGCCUCGAGUCGAGCUACUGCAGACAGUGAACUGUGGAGAACCCUGCUCAGGGAGAAGCCCUGGGCACAGGUGGUUCUCCACUGGCUCUGGGAAUGGGUAUGACCUACGCACAGUUCUGGAAUGUGCCUACAAACCCAGAGGUGGUUCCAGGGAAGAUGGGGAUUUGAGGGUGGAUUAGCAGGGUGUGUGGGGCUGAUGGCAACGGUGUUUCCUAUUGCUGUUUUCUUUGGACUAGGCCGCAAAGGGACUUGGCAGUCAAUCACAGGGGAAGCUCUGUGAGAUAGGUGACUGCUGGCUUGGCGGAGAGGAAUAGCUUGGUUUCCCAGUGCUGGAUUGAAGAACCAGGGAAACCCAGGUAGCCUAGGUUUGCCUCAGAGGAUCUGGAAGCAGCAGAGAACCAUUGUGAGGUGGAUGUGGGGUCUUAGGCAUAGGAUACAAGCACAGUUUUCUACCAAGAAGGAAGUAAGUCACAGGGUACAGUAAGGACAAGAGACCGAGGAUGCAGAGGCCCCUUGUCAACCAGGAAGUGUGACACCCGUGCAGAUAUGGUCAGUGGCAUCAGGCUGGCCCAGUCCUUGGCUGGCCUGGGUCAGUAGAGAAGCAGUCCUGUCACCACCGCUCAGGUCUGUGCCAACAGUGCCCUCUUAAACCCAUGCUCUGCUCUGAGGUCCAGUCUAUAUGGAUUAACAUUUGAGACAUGCCCUGUUAGGGGAUGUUGUUUUCUAUUAACCUCAAGGAGUGUACAAAUCAACAAGGUUAGGAAAUCACUAGGUGAUAUAAUCUCAUGGGACCAUGAUAAACGCACAGUGAUUGUCUGUAGCUUAUGGAAACAGAAGCCCCUUAAGAGUAGAUCCUGUUCCAGGAUGACAGACCUACUGGGGCAGCGUUGAGCCUAGUUACUACUGGACAAUGUCCCUCAGCUGUUUUUUUAGGUCAAGAGUCAUUGGAAGAUCCCGAGAUUGAAAAAGGUGACCCACCGUGACCUUUGUACAACUGACAAAUUAGGGAUCAACCCUCUUGAGCCAGAGUGUAAAACAGGUAGCUAUUUCAGUGUUUUCAAGACGACAUCUGUUUUACAGCUCAAGUGCCAGUUGGUUAGCUCUGGCUCCUGAAGGGCUCUUGAGAAAGACAUCCCUGUCUGUGUCAGACCAUCUGCAACGCGCCUCCCCUGGGCUUGUUAAAGCACGAAGCCUGUCUGACGCAAGAGCAAGACUCCCCAGUCCGUUUCCCAAUCUCGGGUUCACUCCAAGAUGUUCUCAGCUCACUUUCCCUUUCUGUUUCCUUCUCAGCCUCCUGGUAAAAAGAGGAAGCAGGGACAGACAGGUGGCAAUGCAGGACCUGUACCUGUAGCUUCCACUCAUUUUGGCUGACAGCUCACUGUAUGUUGAGAUUCUAGCUGGGGUUCUUAGCAUGGCUGCUUGCUGCAAUGACCUGGGUAGCUCUACGCUGCAGCAAACCAGGAGCCCACCCAGAGACAGCUGACGUCUUCAGGUUGGGUAUGGCCAUGGCCUUGGGCUUCAGGAAGGUGACCAGGUGAAUCUCACAGGCGGCUGCCUUCAGGACCUCUGCCCUAGACACGCAGAGGUAAACAGAGGCAGGAAAGGGUAAGUUAGGUUGUGCCCCAGCUGGGCUUUACGCUAGUUGUCCAAGCAGGAAGCUUUAGAGGCAGUUUGGAAUAGGACAGCCUGUUCUGUCAGGGCCCAGAAUAUGUAUUUAUUAAGUGCCAUUAAAGGGGACCUGAACAAAAUUGGAUGCUCUUGUAGGCAUAAGGGAGAAAAAUGAAACACACUUAGGACCAAGGCUAUCUCAUGAAGGGGAAAUAAAAACGUACUCAGUACAUGCGGGUUAUGGUUUCUCAGACCAGCAGUGAGAUUAGAAGUCACUGGAGAGUGAGAGAAGGCAUGCUGAGAAGAUGGAGCGUGGCCUGGAUUUUCUCCAGGGGACUCUGUGUAAUGUGCCUUUUGCCCCCAAUGCCUAGAGCCAUCACACUGUGUCUUAUUUAUUUCACUCUUGGGCUGUCACGUGCACGCUCACAAAGAUACUUGCCUGAGAAUGGAACAGAACUCCCAGGAGCUCACACGGUAUCCUUGUUCCUCAAAGUGAAGACAGAAUCCGUUAACCCGUUGAGAUCCAACUUAGUUUAGGAUACAAGGUGAUUGUGUUAUCCAAGGGGAGAUGAAUGAAUUCUUGGUUAGCGUGAUGCGCAUGAUGGGAACGGCUGGCAAUAAAGGGCUUUCUGCCG